UGUCACCUCCCACGCUAUAAAUAUUUCGAGCCACUGCUCCCAUUUGGAUCCCAUGAGAAGCGAGCUAACCCUGCAAACAGCCACAACCAAUCCUCUUGCCUUCCUAAUCAACCUGUUCUCGACAAGCAUCUCCUUCAUCCGACGCAGCAACGCCAUCGACACCUUCCGCUCCGCUCCCUUUCCGAAUCACCGCCUUCGCCAACACCCGGAUUGACCGGAAGGAGACCCCGGAGGCCCACGUCCUCAAGGCCGACCUCCCGGGCGUCGAGAAGGCCGGAGGCGGAGGAUGGCAGGGCGCUCAGGAGGUCAAGUCCAUCGACAUCUCCGGCUGCUGUGAGCUUAUGCGCCUCUGACAACGUAUUAAUACUGCGCUCUGGUUUGUCGAGGCUGCUCGACCAAGAGAAGAAUCCCCACACGUCAGCUUGAUUCACGAGCUCGGCACACGUCAUGAGUGCCUUUCGAUUUGAAGGGGCUUCAUUCUUCGUUCAUGAAUCGGAGUCGGAGCUGCACACGCAACGAGGCCGCCACCGUCCAUUGUCUCCCAACGCGGCGAUCCGCGCCUCCUCUUGCUCGUCCCUUCUCCUGCCGAAACGUGUCGUUGACGCCACGUGUCAGGUUACCAACCAUCUGAUCACUUGAAAAGGAUACUGUAACCGUGUGCUAAUGGCAAUGCCAGGCUUCAUUGAGCGGUUAAAUUAAAUUAUUCGCUAAUCCCUAACCCCAAUCUUUCUCCUAUUAAUACCCCGUCCCACUGGCUUUCUUCCUUCCUUCCUUCCUUCGGUGCCUUCCUAUCGAUCGACGUCAGUUUGCAACCCUAAUCGCGGCGUUUCUCCGAUUCCUUUUCCUUCCUUCAAGAUUCUUCCUGGUUCUGCCCCCCUUCUAUUCUUUCUUGAGGUCGCUCGCUUGCCCUGCCGGUCGGGCUCUAGGGUUCGAUUGCAUACGACGUCUUGAGGUUUCCGACCCCAGAUUGGGGGAAUUUAGGCGUUCUUGACGGGUUGAUCGGGGCCUGGGUUCUGUAGCCAUGUUGGGCACGAGUUUGCAAUGGGGACCUGCGCACCAGGGGGAUCGCUCCUACAUUGCCGUCAAGCCGCGGAGGAACCAUCGCCGUCAACACCAGCGGAGCCCGCAAAGGUCCCGGUGCAACCCUUCCACCGCCGCCGCUGGAGUGUCCCCUGCCGCCCCUCCGGUUUCCAAGGACGGCGGCGCUGUGGCGGGGGUCGCCGAUUCCCGUGACUCGAACAACCAGGCUGGAUUGGAGGAGCCACCUUCGAAGCCCCUGUCGGUGGCCCCUCGGCCCUGUAACUUGGACCGAUUCUUGGAGUCCACCACCCCAUCGUUUCCCGCUCAAUACUUGUCCAAGACGACGAUUAAAGGGUGGAGGACUUGCGAUGUGAAGUUCAAACCUUAUUUUGCUCUGUCAGACCUCUGGGAGUCAUUCAAGGAAUGGAGUGCUUACGGUGUCGGUGUUCCUCUUCUUCUUCAUGGCAAUGAUAGUGUCAUUCAGUACUACGUUCCCUUCUUGUCUGGGAUUCAGUUGUAUGGUCAAUCGCGCGCCCCAUCUGCCAGUUCUAGGCAGAUGAGUCAGGAAAGUGAUGGAGAUUGUCGUGAUUCUAGUAGUGAUGGAAGUGAUGAAUAUGAGUCUGAAAAGGGCCUGAACUAUUCAAGUGAGUGGAUAUCAACUGGUGGCACCAGUCUGAGGAUGAAUAAGUUGUAUGUGAGUGAGAAGCAAGCACACAGGCAAGAUGGAUCCUCUAGCGAUGAUGAUAAUUUUGGAAAUUCUCAAUGUCAUCUGCUCUUUGAGUUCCUUGAACAGGAUCCUCCAUUCAUUCGUGAACCUUUAGCUGACAAGAUUUCCGAUCUUGCUAGGCACUUUCCUGCACUAAAGACACUUAGAAGUUGUGACCUGUUGCCAUCCAGUUGGCUUUCUGUUGCAUGGUACCCUAUAUACCGGAUACCAACUGGCCCAACCUUGAAGGAUCUGGAUGCUUGCUUUCUGACCUUUUAUUCUCUUUCUACACCGGCAAAAGAUGAUGGUAGUGCUUGUCCAAGCAUUAAGCACUCGCAGGAGGUAGAUGGUGUACAUAUGAUAUCUCUUCCCCUUUUUGGGUUGGCGUCCUACAAGUUCAAAAGCACUGUAUGGACUCCUAAUGGUGGGUCUGAGUUGCAACUGGCAAACUCCCUGCAGCAAGAUGCAGACAACUGGUUGCGCCUCCACCAUGUUGAACACCCGGAUUACAAGUUUUUUGCUUCGCAUGGUGCAUACCGAAGAUGAAACCUAGCAGUUAGUGUCUAGGUUUUCAUUGUCUAAUGUUCCCAAUAGGAUGAAACUGAUGACUGAAAGAUGGAUGGGUACACAUCUUGCAGGCCCUUCACUAUUUUAGUGGGCCCUUGCAUGAAUGUUCUUGAGAGCAUGAUUUAGGAAAGUAGGGCAAGAUAAGGAGAGCAAGGACAAAGAUUUGUCGAAAUAAAAUUAAAAAAAGACAAAUGGGAAAAAAAGUAAAUGGCAGAAAAGAUACCUCUGCUGGAGGGCUGGAGGAAGGGAAAAGAGGAAAAAAAAAAAAAAAACAGGAAGGAAAGAGUAAAAUAAGAUGAUGAUGAGCUCGAUGAAUUGAAGGGGAACUGAACACUUAAAGCUGGUGAAAGAUGAGCCGUGCAGGUUGGAUCGCCCUGGGAACUAGAUCUGGUAGACGACGACAAAGGGGUAAAUGUUCUGUGUGCUUUUCGGUUCACGGAUAUUGGAGUGGACAUAGAUUUUUUUGUAUUAUGUCCUCAUAAAUCAGAAGGUCAUGCCUAAUAAUAUUCUUUGGCAUGCCCGAUGAAGCCCCUUGAUUCCACCUAAUUCAGGCUAACUUGAUUGUAUUUUUUUCUUCUUUUUCUUGUUCUGUAUGACUGGAACUUUUUUAAUCAAUAGGAACUGGGCUUAGGUAUGUUCGUGA